ACUGCCCCGCGCCGGUAGGCAGCCGGCGCCGCGGCUCAGACCCGGCCCGGAGGGGCGAGGGCGAGGACGUCGUCGCCAGCGAGCGCAGACCUCCGUCGGCGCGGGCCGGGUGCGACAUGCUCACGCGCAGAGAGAACCUGCUCGUCAGGCCGUGGCAGCAGCGCCGCUUCCAUCACCACCGCAAAAAGGUCGAGUCCGCGCUGCCGGUGGUGGACGUGGGCCCGCCCCCCGAGCGCGGCCACGUCUCGUGCAAGCUCAAGCAGGUCCAGGGCGAGGAGGAGCGGUGCGCGCAGAUCGGCCGCGACAACUGCGCCCUCGUGCUGCGCCUGGCGCACAUCAUGCGCACCUCCCGGGUGGACAACGCCUGGCGACAGCCGCCCCCGACGUUCCUGCGGCGUGUAGGCAUCUACCUGGACCCGGCGACCGUGCUGCCGCCUGCGUCACCGUCGCCCGCGCCGUCCUCGCGGCCGCGGCCCCACACGGCGCGCGCCGGGCGGCCGUCGCCAGCGUCACCGGGCAGCCCGACGGCGACGAGCCCGUCCGCCUCCCCGGCGGCGGAGGAGGACGGCGGCGGCGACGAGGACUCGCAGGACUCGGAGGGGCGGAACCUGCGGUGCUCGGCGUGUCACCCGCGCACGGCGUGGCGCCGGGAGCGGCGCCGGGAGGCGGUGCCCGCCCUGCCGCCCGCCCCCGGCUCCGCCGCGACCAGACCGCCGCCGCCGCAGCCCCCGCCGGCGGCGCCGCGGCCACGCGCCGCCCCCGCCUCGGCCCCGGCCGCCCCCAGGGUCGGGUCGCUGAGCCUGCCGCUCGACCAGGUGGUCAUCACCUACAAGGCCCUGCGCCUGGCCAUCAGCUUCCCCCCGCACGCCUCGGUCCGCAUCCGCAGCGGCAGGGCCGGCGCCAGUGCGGCCGCGGCCGGCGGCGGCACCAGCGCCUCGGAGGACCUGCGGCCCGCGCGCCUCGCGAGCGUCAAGCGCAGCGCGACCAGCGCCUGAGGGCACUGAAAGGACUGCUCGAUUCCCCUUUCCUGUAUUUUGUGAUAAUUUCCCGGUAGUCAUAGUGAUUGUUUGUUUGUUUUCUUUUCUACCGUUUUGUUGAUUUUAUGGUAAUGAAUAAAUAUUAAAAAAGUUUUA